AUGGAUGGCUCUUCUUGUGGAAACCAUAGUCAUGCUGGAAUUGGAGGUGUGGGUCGAGAUAGUUCUGGAGAUGUUCAGUUUAUCUUUUUUGUUUAUACGGGUCUUCACACUAAUAAUUUAACAGAGGCUCAAGCCAUUUUAUUAGCUUUGGAGAAUGCAAGUAAAUUGGGGUGGCGCAUCAUCAUAUGUGAGUCUGAUUCUCAGAUUGUGGUCAACUUGUUGAAUAGGUGGCAUUUAGAUGGUGUUAGUUGGCAUUUUGUUUUUAUUGUUGAACAAAUUCUCAACCUAUUUGCUUCUCUAGAGUCUGUUACUUUUACUCAUAUUCCUAGAGAAUGGAAUGGUCUUGCUGGUUGUUUGGCCAAAUGGGCCUCUGAUCAUAUUCAUCAUUGGAACUUAGUGGAUUGGAGUUAG